AUGUCACAUAAUGAAUCUUGGCCUGAUCUAGUUGGUAUGCCAGUUGAUGGAGCUGUUCAAACAAUUCAAAAUGAAAACCUAGGUUUAGAAGUAAUUCCGCUACCAGAAGGUUCACCAACAACAAGAGAUAUUCGAGAGAAUCGUGUACAUGUAUUCUUUGACUACAAUAACCUUGUUUCAUCGGAACCAAGAGUUGGUUAA